AUGGCGUAUGGCCUGGACACCGAGUCUUUUCUGCUAGCAUUCACCCGUUUCUGCAAGCGCAGAGGCGUGCCAGCUGAGGUCGUGUCAGAUAACGGGACAAACUUUGUCGGUGCAAAGCGCGAGCUAAGAGAAGCUGAUCAAGCGCUAGGUUCUAAUGAAGUGGCCGUAAGUAUGGCCAGCCAAGGAGUUCACUGGCGCUUCAAUCCACCUCUCACUCCACACUUUGGCGGCGUAUUUGAGUGUGUGGUCAAGGCAGCAAAGCGCGCAAUGAUUGCAACUCUGUCCCAGGCCAAUCUCACUGAUGAGGAACUUGUAACUGCCAUGGUGAGUGCGAAAGGCCUACUCAACUCGCACCCGUUGACCGCUGUCCGGAUUGACGUGGAUGAUGCCGCACUGCUAACACCGAUGCACUUCCUAGAUGGACAGUGCGAGCUGACUCUGCCACUCGAAGAAGUCGCUGAGUUGCACCCACAGCGUCGUUGGCGGCUCCUCCAACAGCUCCUACGCGAGGUAUGA